UUCGAGAUAUUUCCGGACCAGAAUGGAGUAAAUGUUCCUUUCGUGGCUCAGCGCUGAUCCGUUGCCGGUGUAAUCCCAUACACCAGGCUCCACCCAAACAGCCAAGAUGAGCAUAUACCAGCAGUACCUGAACGUAUCCAAGAUUUUGGAACAUUACAACUACACCAAGGGGCUACACAAAGAGAGCUCUUCCCGUUCCGUCAUCUCCAUCAUCUUCAUCAUCAUCUGCUGCAUCAUUAUCCUGGAGAACAUCCUCGUCCUCAUUUCCGUAUUGCGCAACAAGAAGUUCCACUCGGCCAUGUUCUUCUUCAUCGGAAACCUGGCGUUUUCGGACCUCCUCACGGGAUGUGCCUACAUCGCCAAUAUCUUGCUGUCUGGCAAAAGGACCCUCAGCCUGACUCCGGUGGCGUGGUUCAUCCGCGAGGGCACGGCCUUCACAACCCUGGCCGCUUCCGUCUUUUGCCUGUUGGCCAUCGCCAUUGAGAGGCACGUGGCCAUCACCAAGGUCAAGGUCUACAGCAGCGACAGGAACUGCAGGAUGAUCAUCUUGAUUGGAGCUUGCUGGGUUAUCUCCAUGGUGAUUGGGGGCCUACCUAUCAUUGGAUGGAACUGUAUUGGAAACUUGGAUGAGUGCUCCUUUGUAUUUCCCCUAUAUGCCAAAAAGUACAUCCUGUUCAUAGUAACUAUCUUCACCGCCAUACUGUUAUCCAUCGUUAUAUUCUACGUCCGUAUAUAUUGCGUUGUGAAGUCCAGCCAUGCUGAGAUCGCAGCGCCGCAGACUCUCGCCCUCCUAAAAACAGUUACCAUAGUCCUUGGAGUCUUUAUAGUCUGUUGGCUCCCGGCCUUCAUCAUUCUCCUCAUGGACGUGUCUUGCAGAGUGAAGUCCUGCUCCAUCCUUUACAAAGCUGACUACUUUUUUGGGUUGGCCACCUUGAAUUCGGCACUGAACCCUCUCAUCUACACGAUGAGGAGCAAAGACAUGAGAAGAGAGUUUCUGAGGGUUCUGUGCUGCUGGAGCUAUUUCCGCAAGAGCAAGACGCCCGACAGGUGUAUGCUACACAUACGUAGUUCUAGCUCCCUGGAACGCUGCACGCAAAAACACUAUUUCCCCACUUCGCCCGUCAUCAAGGACUGCAAUACUUUUGUGUGA